GUUGAAGGUGUUUAAAACAAUUGCGGAGCAUCAUAGAGAUUCAAAGUGGUUUCGCCUCCUCGCAUAAGCUCCCAUGCAGGCGAAGAAUCCGACAAUCCCGAUGGUUAAUCCUAGAAUCAACGCUAAAGUGUCGCCGAAAUCAAAACCAUCGGAAGCCGUCGCGAAGUCGAACGUGCCGAGAAUGGCAAGCACAAAAUAAAUCCACAUCUUUCACGUAGUGGAAGACAGUAGAAAACACAGAUAUGUAAUUGCCUGUAAUUGCAGACUGUCCUUCGGUAUCCCUUCCUGUUGUUUGAAUAAAUUUCAAUAUUGAUUUUUCUUAUUCUUUAAAGCUCAAUAACCGCAUCUUCUUUGCAUUCGUAAUUAAUCCUUGGCAGUCAAACGAGAUAUGUUUCAAUCUACGCACUUUCACUCAUCUCAUUAAAAAAUUACAUUUGUCACAGAAGCAUCGGAGAAGAAUCAUCAUCAAUUCCGGAUCCGCGCGUGCGUCAAUUAUCUCAUCUGGAGAACCGCUGGUUUUUUUUUAUCCUUAUUGCUGUGUUCUGUUUGGUGCAAUUCUAGUAAUUUACUAGAUCGCUGCAUUAGAAAUGGUAUUGACAUAACGGUGUCCUUGAAGAUCGGUCUGAUUGUUAUCCUCGUGAGGGAAGCAGCGUUAUAACCUCAAUACGUCAAUUUAGAUGUAAAGUUUCAGAUUAAGUAAAUAGAGUCGAGUAUAAAGGGCAGAUUCUCUGAGAGGUAAACACAGCUGUGAAGGAAUCCCGACAGAAUGGCUAAUUCGUCGGCAAACGUAACCGUGUCGAGCAUCUUGAAGAACAAGAGCUCGUUCGACGAUGAGCCGCGAAAGAAGAGCAGGGAGGAUUGGCGAAAAGCGAAGGAGCUGGAAGAGGCGAGGAAGGCCGGUACAGCUCCCGCAGCUGUCGACGAGGAGGGUAAAGACAUCAAUCCGCAUAUCCCGCAAUACAUCAGCGCGACACCGUGGUACUUUGGUGCCCAGGGUCCCACCCUGAAGCACCAGAGACCGCAGCCGGAGAAGCAGAAGCAGUACAGUUCCAUAGACGCCUGGUACAAUCGUGGGGUGGAUGGCUCGCUUAUCGCCACCAAGUAUCGCAAGGGUGCUUGCGAGAAUUGCGGCGCGAUGACUCACAAGAGGAAGGACUGCAUGGAGAGACCGCGCAAGGUCGGAGCCAAGUACACAAACUCAAAGAUAGCACCGGAUGAAUUUACCCAGCCUGAGCUGUCUAUGGACUACGAUGGCAAAAGAGAUAGGUGGGCUGGUUAUGAUCCCUCCGAGCACAGGGCAAUUGUGGAAGAGUAUCAGAAGAUAGAGGAGGCCAAGAGACAGAUGCGCGCCGAGAAGCUCAACGCGGAAGAGGAGAACGACGAGCAGGACUCGGACAAGGACGAGGAUAAGUACGUGGACGAGGUGGACAUGCCUGGCACAAAGGUUGACUCCAAGCAGCGCAUCACUGUGAGGAAUCUCCGAAUUCGAGAGGACACCGCCAAGUAUUUGCGCAAUCUAGAUCCAAACUCGGCGUAUUACGAUCCAAAAACCAGAUCUAUGCGAGACAAUCCUUACGCUGGUACGGAACGCGAGGUAGAUUUUAAAGGUGAAAACUCGGCACGCUUCUCGGGGGAUACGCAGCAACAUGCCAAUGCGCAAUUGUUUGCUUGGGAGGCGCAUGAGAAGGGAGUUGACGUUCAUCUGCUUGCCGAGCCCACGAAACUGGAAAUGCUGAAGCAGGAGUAUGACAAGAAACGCGACGAGCUAAAAGAUAAGGCGCGCGAUAGCGUAAUCGAGCGUUACGGAGGCGAGGAGCAUCUCAAGGCACUACCAAAGGCUCUGUUAUUGGCACAGACUGAACACUACGUCGAAUAUUCCAGGUAUGGUAAGAUAAUUAAAGGACAGGAUAGACAGGUGAUACGAUCCAAGUAUGAGGAAGAUAUUUAUCCAAACAAUCACACCUCAAUUUGGGGUUCUUACUGGCAAGAUGGAAAAUGGGGCUAUAAAUGCUGUUAUUCCUUCAUUAAAAAUUCAUAUUGCACUGGAGAAUCAGGAAAGAAAGCGGUGGAGGCAGUGAGUAACAUUGUACCAGACAAAAUCAUGUCUGCGGUGGAAGAAAUGGAUAAUAAACUUGAUACUGCAGAGAACAAUCACUCCUCCAGCAGUGAAUCUUCGUCCGAGGAUGAGGAUGUAAGAAACAAAACGGAAAAACAAAGUAAAGCAGCUAAACGAAAAUUGAAGAAGCAGAAAUGGAAAGAAAAUCGUAAGAAUAAAAAGCGGAACAAUGCGGAACAGGAUGAGGACAAGCUGAAAGAAGCAUUGAGAAAGGAGGAGGAAAACGCAAAGGAGGCAGACAGGAUGUUGAGGAUGGAUGAAAGGAAACGUCCAUACAACAGCAUGUAUGAGGCAAAAGAAUUGACAGCUGAGGAGAUAGAGGCAUAUCAAAUGAAGCGCAAACGCGAUGAAGAUCCAAUGGCUCAUUUUCUUUAAAAUAACUACUAAAAGGCCAGUAUUCAUAGCUCGUCCUUAUCUUAAAACAGCUUGAAAUAAUAUCUUAAGAUGCUAAUAUGAUUCUGAUUGAUUUGUUCUUAAGAUGAUCUCUUUCUCUCUCUCUCUCUCUUUCUCUUUCUCUUUUUUUAAAGAUAAGAAUCAACUAUGAAUACUCGCCUACAAAUUACUCUUAUGAUAUAAGAUCAGAUAUUGUGAUGUACAUAUGUUUAUAAUAUUAUUUAACUUGUAUCAUUCUAUAUUAGGACAUUAAAGAUAAUGUUAUAUAGAUAA